UUAAUUAGUUUAAAUAAGGAAGGUAGAGCCAACGUCAGUUCAGGUGGGUGGGUCCUUCAGCGGGGUGCUUCACUUGAACUUGGAUACACAAGGUAUGCAGGGCGAUUAACAGAGUUUAUAAAUAUAAAGAGGGGGGAGGUUAACCGCAACAAGGACAAGUGUCACCAGGUAAGUGGGUUACUUAUAAUUUAUUUGUCGACUAGUUUCGCCUCUAUAUGCGAGGCUUCAUCAGGACAAAUUAUAAUACAAAUUUUCCCCCUGAACUGGUCGCGGUACAUUUCAGUAAACAAGGACACAACAUUGAUGACGUCAUGGUUACCGGCAUUGUGUCCGGUAAACAUGACGUCAAUACGCGAUUACGCACAGAAGAAAGUUGGAUUCAUAUACUCCGCACACGAAGGCCGUGGGGCAUGAACAUUAUAACGUAAUUAUGGCAAAAACAAAGAGAACUCCGAUGAACAACACAACAGUCAGCACCAAGAUCGCAUGUAUAUUAUGCGGCAAGAAACUAGCGAAUUUAAGCUCAUUAAGAAGACAUGUAAGCAGAAUACACGGGAACCCAACCAACACCCGUUAUAUGUGCAAGAUAUGUAAGCGCACAUAUGGACGGAGGGAUUUAUAUGAUCGUCAUAUCACGGAAAAACAUCCAUUUUAUAAGAUAGAACCAGAGAUUUUCAAAGACGAAGUAAGGAAGGAAGCUGCCAUUCCAAAUAAGUGGCAAAGACCGGCCGAAGCUUCAACAAAACAAGAUUGGACAAGAGUUAAAUUCAAAGUCAAACCGGCAACGAACGGCAACAGCCCGGGACCACCUGUGAUAACACCGGAACCCGUACAGAACACGUUGGAAAUGCUGAAAGAUGACCUACAACUUAGCGAUGAUUCCAGCGAAAACACCUCCACGAAAACCAGUAGUAUUAUGAACUUACCAGAUAAGAUCGUAGACUAUAAGAAACUGGCGUACAAAUCUGUAUCUGACGCCACGAUCUGCCUAGAUGAGAGACAGUGAAUAUAGAAACCGGAAAUAACAAGAACAAACUUUUUAUAACACAGAAUAAUUUUUUAUUAACAUGGAGUAGCGAACAUUUAAUAUAUACAUGUAUUCUCAUAUGGAGCUCGAACAUUUGAACGAGAAAAAUACUAAUAACGGCUUAUCUGCCCAUAUCUAUUGUCUAUGAACUACGUCACAAUAGAUUCUGAACCCCGAAAAAUGUACUUCAGGGGGAAAAUUUGUAUUAUAAUUUGUCCUGAUGAAGCCUCGCAUAUAGAGGCGAAACUAGUCGACAAAUAAAUUAUAAGUAACCCACUUACCUGGUGA